AUGGCUGACGUCUUCGUCUCGAGUAGGAUUUCAAGAACCGGCGAGCUUGGUCGCAGCGCCAUCGACGACCCUUGGCGCGUCGGAACGGCAGUUCCCGUUGAAAGCAGUGUUGCCAGUACUACAGACACGGGCGGCGGCGGCGAAUCGUUGACCGGUCAACGCGCCGAGUCAACCGCGGUGGACCAGUCCGCGCAGCUGCCCGCUGCGGAGAGGCCCGUUGUCGGAAGCACCAGCGCUGGGGCUUCACCGCGGAAGCCCCAUCAGCCCCUCCUUCCGCCGGCCUCCAUGUUCCAGCAGCAGCAGGCGCCGGCGGCCGCGGAGAGGGAGCGGCGCGCAGAGGGCGCGCAAGGGGGCCGUCCACUCCGCGGGGGAGGCGCAGUGGCGGAACCGGAGCAGUCCGCGGAGAUGGAGGCUGCGGCGGCUGAGGGGAAGGGGCCUCUGGCAGUGUCGUCUUUGGAAGAGCGGAAGGAGAUUGCGGAAGGGGAGGAGCCGCAUCAGAAGUCGCGUAUCUCAGAGAAGGUAGCUCGAUUCUUCGGAGCCACAGGGAAACCCAGGAGCCGCAGAAGCACCGAGGAGACGGAGCCGCCGAGGCAAGUCGUAGCAAGGGAACCCGCAAGGGAGUCGGCACGAGAAUCUGCAAGCGAGCCUGUAAGGGAACCGGCAAUAGAGGGUAUAGCAGGCGGGAGCGGUCAGGGUGCAAGGGGCAGGGUUUCGGAGGGGGUGGCGCCCUCCACCACGCCUGGUGCAGCAGCUGCAGCAUCGGCCAUUCAGCAGGCCGUGCGAGCAGGGAAGAGCGAGGAGCAGGUCACUGCUGAUGCUGCUGCUGCUGCAGCAAGCGAGAUGGGGCAGGGUGGGAAAGAGGAGCUGGAAGAGGGGGGGAUGGGCAGGAAGGAGGUGGAAAGGAGGGGCAGUGAAGAGGAGAUUUUGGGGGCAGCAGCAGGGGCAGGAACACCCACAGAAGAGAGGGGUGUGGGGCUUGCAGGAAGACUGGGAGGGACUGAGGCGGGCACGGAGGCAUCCCCGGGAGCAACUGGAGCAGGAGCAGGAGCAGGAGCAGGAGGAGGGUCAGUGUCGCCAGUGUCUCCGGGAGCAGCAGGCGGGCAUGGGUCGGUGCUGGAGCGACUCAAGUGGCUGGAGUGGCAGGUGCACACCAUGCAGCAGGCUGUCUCGGGCGGUCCUACGGAGAGUGCUGGGAUGCUCCCUGCUGCAACGCCAGGUGUCGUUUCAGGAGUUUCAGGUGUUUCGGAGGUUGGUUCUGGGGGGAAGAGAAAGAGGGUCCUGGCUCCUGGUGCAAUGCAAGGGGGAGAGGGGGACGAGGAUCAGGGGAUCACCAGAGCAGCGUUCAUGGGCGAGGGGCAAGAAAGGGAGAUGGGGAAAGAGGAGGCGAAAGAGGGAGGGAUGUUUGGAGGGAUGGUGAGUGGAGGAGAGAGAGGAGGGAUGGGAGAGGAGGAAGGAGCAGCGGUGCCGUUGGUAGUCGUGGCUCGGGAGAUUGAGGAGCGGGGUUCCAUUCUGGACCGCAUUGCACACCUGGAAACCACGCUCAACGCCCUCGCUGCUUCUGGGAUUCCCGUCCCUGGCAAGCCUGCUCCUGCCACUCUUGUCCGUCCUGCUCCUGCUCCGGCUGAAUCUUGCAUAUCACAAGGAGCAGGAGAAUCAGCCGUAAAAGCACGUGAGCUUGGUUAUGCCAUUCCUGCUGUUGGAGAGGCAGAGGCAGCACGCGAGAUGGGGGCAGAGGAAGCAGAGGCAGUAGCAGUGGCAGCGCCGCCGGCAACGGCCGAAGCUGAAGAGGAAGAGGCGGAGGAGGCAGAGGAAAGGGGAGAGGAAGUGGAGGGGAAGAGGCGAUUGGGCGGUGAGGAAGGUGCUGUGCCUGAAUCUUCUGCUGCUGCCGGUGCUGGUGCUGCUACCACUGCUGCUGGUGCGGCAGCAGCUCCUGUGUCUGUUUCUACUCCCGCUGAAGCCUCUGCUCCAUCCGUGGCAGCAGCAGCAGAAUCAGCAGCACCCUCUGCUACAGUCACUGCUCCCUCUGCUGGUCCCUCUAGGCCCUCUGCUGUAACACCUGCGACAGCACCUGGGACGGGUGGAGCACCUGAGGCAGUGCCUGAAGCUGCACCUGGAGCACCUGGGAAGGCGGCUGAGAAGGCACUGGCAGCACAUGCUGCAGAGGCCGCUAUGGCCAGAGCGCCUGAGGGGGAGAGAGCAGAGGAGACAGCAGAGGUGGCCGCUGCUGCUGCCGCUGGAGCUGUGCGCGCAGUGCAAGGGAUGGGUGGCGGUGAGGGGGGUGGUGAGCAGGGUGGUGAGGCGGGAAUGAAGCCUACAAUUGAGCCAAGUCCAGAAGCUGCCAAGGUGUCAGAGGAAGGGGAAGGGGAAGCAGGGAAGAAGCAUCGUCGCCGUUAUCGUCGCAAAAAGAGGCCUGAAAGGGCUGAAGGGAAGAGCAGGUGCAAGAUUAUGUGA